AAGUAAAAGAAAGAAUAGUGUAAUCAAAUUCUAGCCAAGUGCUUACUUCUCCCUUGAAGUGCCAUUCAAGCCAUCUGGUAACGUGGUCAGCAAACGAUUUGAAAGUGGUUUCUCUUCUAAUUACAUAGAGCGUGCUCACUUCGUCGAACAGUUCUGUUAGUUCUGGCCAGCUGCUCUGCCUCAACGAGGUCAUCCUAGUACUCAGGAAUUCAUAUUAUCGUUGCUUUCAAGAGGAAUCUAGUCAUCAGUGCGCCAGUGCCCAGCGUAGCGCUGUCAUCUUGGUUACCUUUCGGUGAACAUCAGCGGCAGUCGUUCAAGAUAGGUCAGAGCAGAAGCAUGUCCAUGAACGAGGGCAUCGCGGUCGUGACGAAGGUAGUCCCCAGUGUUAAGCGCGCCAAGGACCCGGCGGCCGUGCUAACGCGGGAAGACCUGGACGCGGGUCCCAUUAGCCUGGACGAAAUCGAGCCCGGACUGUGGUUGGGUAAUGCUUCGGCUGCGGCCGACGUUGGCACGCUCAAAGCCCACGCCAUACAGAGCAUCUUGUCCAUCGAUUCCGUUCCCCUGCCGGUGCACAUCACGGACCACCCGAAUCUGCGCGUUCGCCAUAUCCAAGCGGCGGAUGUCCCCCGGGAGGAUCUGAUACGCCACUUUGAGGACACCAAUCGCUUCAUAGGGGACAGCCUGGCCGAGGGCCGGCACGUGCUGGUGCAUUGCUACUUUGGAGUAAGCCGUAGUGCAACGAUUGUGAUCGCGUAUCUGAUGGAAAAGUAUCGUCUCGGGUAUGAAGCCGCCUUUCAGCGCGUCAAGGCGAAACGGCGCUUCGUGAUGCCCAACCCGGGCUUCGUGAAUCAGCUGAAGCUGUACGCCCGUAUGGCAUACCGGAUCGAUCGGACCAACGAACGGUACAAGCUGUUCCGAUUGCGGUUGGCCGGUGAUAAUGUACGCAAAGCCAAACGGCUUCCCACGGAGUGCAUGGACGUGGUAAAGGCGGAUCCGGGUGUCACGCAGGAAUCACCGGAACCGUACGUGUACCGGUGUCGCAAGUGCCGCCGUGUCGUUGCUACCAGAAGCAAUCUGCUUCUGCACAAACCAAAGGCAGCCAUGGUGGCCCAAUCGCCGGCAAAAGUUGGACGCGAACCGGAAGCCACGCUGGAGGAGGUGGGCACCGACGAAGCGGUGGAUUCGAAUGGAGCGGAAGGGGCAGCAGAAAAUAGCAUGCCUUCGGAUUCACCGGCUGCUGGGAUGAAUGACCUAACGGAGCAGCUACGUCGUAGUUCGAUCAGUAGCGAGCAUAGCAACCGUUCGUCCGAGAAGGAUACUGCGAUGUGCAGCAAAAUUUUCUUCAUCGAACCACUCGCCUGGAUGACGGAUAUCUACCGUAAUACACAGGGACGCUUGUACUGCCCGAAAUGUACCGUCAAGCUGGGAAGCUUUAACUGGGUUAUGGCGACUAAAUGUCCAUGCGGUGCUGAAAUUUUCCCAGCGUUUUAUCUCGUUCCCUCGAAAACGGAAUAUUCAACCGUGGUUCAGAACGUCCAGGUAACGGUGUAAACACGAUGGCAAAACUUUGGAUAUAAACCUAGUCCCACUGACGCCAGCCGACAACCAAAGACAAUGGAAACAUGGGUACGCUUCAUUCAGUAUUUAUUGUCAUCAUCAUUUAUUAUGAUAUCUAUUAGUUGUCCCAUUUGCGUCACGGUGCUUUGAGUUAUUUAUAACCAUCGGCCACCGCAAGCUGAUGGCCGGGUACGCGUUGCCAAGCUAAAGGCAGAAAAAAGGAUUAGUGCAUAGUGAAGACUAUGAGAAAAAAGAAAGCAUGCAAAUGAGCUGAGGGAAAAGGAGGAUGCCCAAGUGAAGCUGGAAAAUGGAAGGCCGACAGAGAAGAUAGAUCAAUCUCGCCUCAUCAUGCUCCGGAAGCUUGCUACGGGAGUGUAGGACAACGUACCAUUCCACCCACCCACCGCAACCAAAACGUUUCGCACGUCGUUUCGCCCGUUGAUCGAUGGAGGACUACUAAAAAUAGGUCAAUGGACGUAUUUUCCAGCACUCGCCCAAACGCGCGCGAUGCUGCUAACAGAUGAUACAAUCGACCCGCCGGCAAUGGCAAUGACAAUGGUAACAGGCCUUUGGGCACGGCGGGGAAGGAUGUAUGAGUGGGAAUCGCACACUCGGAAACUAUUAUUCGUUCCGCGAAGGGCAAGGAUUGAAAAUUAAAUCGAUUUUGUUCCUCCAACGAUAGGCGAAUGGUUUGUUCACGCGAACAAAAAAGAUGCAAUACUCCUAUGGGGACCAUUCUUUGAAGUACACGAAGCGGAACCUUGAUUCUUAUCAGUAAAGAGUUUUUUACGUGUUUCCAUAAGUCGCCACAUGCGGCCGGUAGGCUGCUUCUGUUGUCAUUAUACUUUUCGGUGGUCUUGUUCAUCUCGGUUGAUGCGUGCAUGUGCUGAAAAGUACAAACUGUACCAGUAUGAUAACUGAACGCAAGGCAGAACAAUUUGACAAAAAGAUGGCCAAAAUGCGGCCAAGCAUAUGGACGGGGGUUCUUAGGCGGGCUUAAACGAGCUUCACUAUUGGAAAAUAAUACGCCAUCUCGUUAUGAGUUGCAUUGAGUACGGCACUUCAAAAGUAUAAGUACCUUUGGCAGUACGAAAAUUACGGAAAACGGGUCACUAAAACUAUAUGUAAUAUGACUAGAAAUUAUUUAACGGAAGGCAACACAAAAUAUAUAAGCCAAGCUAACGUGAGUUUGAAAGUACAGGAUAUUCGUAGUGCUACCAGUAGCUUAACGUGCGCCUAUAAGUGUGCAAUAAACUGAUACAAUAAUCUAUACACUUUACUAGCGUGCUUACAAAAUUCGCCAAUUGAUAAACUAUCGUGUACAAAGCGGAAGCUGAAGCGUAAAACAAAACAUUUGAAACUCAAUACUCUUUAAAUGAAAGCAAUAUAAAUUAAAAGCUUUCUUAAAAUUAUUCGACGUCUUCUUGUAUUACAAGUGUAUGUAUGUGGUGUUUGUCUCAGUAAUGACAUAUUUUAAGUAAAAUUUACUAGCGCUAGUAGUAGAACAGACCAGCUUAACGUAACAGUCGAAAGGCUCAAACUCCCAAUCGAAACUCCAAGAGAAAAUCAAAAAACCCCAAACAAGAAAUUAAAGUUAUCAAGCUAUUUCCAAGAAGUUAAGAAACAUUAAUGUACGCAUUGACGCCAAAGUGUGGAAAAAUUAUGCAAUAUUUAAAAAGUAUAUUGGACGAUAUGGACGUGGAUCCAUGUUACAGUACUGUUACUGUAAAUCAACAUUAACGAUAAUCAAACCAAGCAUUUAUACAACUUAAACGGAUCUAUGCGCACAAGUGGAUACGUGUAUGAGUAUCUCGAUUUUUACAAUCUGCCUGUCGUAGUGGAAGUCCAACAAAUAAGCAAAAAAAUCAACAUUAUAAACAUUACGGAAUCAAAAUGACAAACCAUAAGGACGUUGAAAAUAAAACAAUAAAUAUAUUAUUUGAACUAAUAUACCCAACGAUUGUACGAUGAACUUGAACCCAACAACCAAGGGAAAACAUUUCCUUCAAAUAUCACCUGUUUUCAUGCACGCAUGGCGGCUUCGGCAUCUGAAAA